GCAUCGUCACUGAUUCCGCAAAUCGUUAUUCACGUGUUCUGGACGUGCACGCAAUGCCGUGUUCCUUCUGUAGCUCAAGAAAGAGAACCUUUCAAGUGUUUGUAUGAUGGAAGAACCAUGAUGCCUGAGGAGCACUUUACUGAAAUGCUUGGAGUCUGUAAGUGGAGCCUCUGAAAUAGGCUGGAGGAAUAGUUUCCUGCUUCGUUUUGUUUUUUGGUUUGCGUGUCUGUUUCUCUCUACUUAGUCAGAUAACCUGGAAAGGGCAAGCUCACUUAGGUGGAGCGCAAACUGCAUGGGAGAUAGGCUCUGCUGAAAGAGCCACCGGAAUAAGUCCAGCGAAAUACCUUUUGAAUGCUAGCACUUGCUUAAAGAGGAACUGGCGGAAGGGAGAGAUUAUAUCCCUAACGAUGCGAGCUGGAUUGGGUGCAGCAGACCCAAGGCUUCGUGUAUCACUUGCGCAAGGCUGUAAAGAUAGUUGACUUACUCGGCGGCAUCGAUAUUUUUUUUCCAGUUUGUUUAAUGUCCCUACGCGGUCGAGAUGGCGAUUGUAGCACUGUUUUAGUCGGAUUCUUCCAAAGUGAGUCUUAGAUCAUGCGCCAUCAAGGAGAGGUUACUGGGGAGGAAUAUGGACAGGUGUAAUUCUCCAAUCUGAAGUAUCAUCUAUCGGUCCAUUUGUUACGCUUGCAAUUUGGGGAGGAAUCAAGAAUAGGCUAUGGCGUCGCGUUGCAUUUUGCUUUUGCCAUUAGGCAAGCAGUUGCCAUCUGGCAGUUUCCAUGUGGAGAAGGAUGUGCGAUACAACGUACGUCAGCCAUGCCAUCGGCUUCGGUUUCGACAACAAGGAACACAAACAUAUCAAAUCAAUCAGAGUCUGACAGACGUGACAAUCUAUCAAUCACCUUUGACAUCAAGAUUUAUCUUCUCUAAGAACCUUAAAGGCAAAGUUACAGGUGCGGUGAAUGGAGAUAGAUUUCAUCGGCAUAGCAUCAUAUGCUGUAGUGGAGGAAAUGAAGGAAUUGGGCACGAGAGCAUCAACAUUGAAGAUGUGACUCAUCAGAUGCGAUUAUUGCUAGAAACUGAAAGUCCAUCGGCAACGACAGCAGCAAGUUCUUUAGUCAACUCCAUGACCCCGACAGCUCGUUCUGUCCUUAUUUCCGCUCUCUUCCCUGCUACUCAGGAAUCAGUGGACCAUUUUCAGCAGGCAGAUACAAAUGCAGACGGGAUGGUGGACGCUACUGAAUUUGCUAAUUUUGUUGAAACGCAAACUCAUUUAUUUGAAGAGUCAAACAAGCCCUUAACGUCCAAACAACUCUAUCAUUUGGGGACCCGCGCUGCAAUUGGAAUGGUCGGUUUCGGGUUUACAGACAAUGCUAUCAUGAUUCUUGCUGGAGACCUAAUUCAAAAUUCUAUCGGGAUCACACUUGGCCUUUCUUCACUCAUGUCUGCAGGUUUGGGAAAUGCAGUUGCGGACUUCAUAGGAACAGCAUUUCGAGGAUACAUAGAACGUUUAAGUAGCAAAUUUAUGCCAGAUGUGAAAAUCUCCACUCGUCAGAUGCAGUCCAAGGAGGCAUGGUGGGCUGAGACUGUGGGUGCAUCUGCAGGUGUCACUGUGGGAUGCCUACUGGGAUUAGCUCCAUUGAUAUUCCUCCAGCGGACUGAUGGAGGAACAACUUCUGGGUCCACGGUGAUUGCUUUGGCAGGCAAGGAUGUGAGAGGCAACCUUUCACAACCAGAAGAUGCCGCUGUAGUUUGUUCAAAACCUGAAGCUGUUGAAAGGGGCGGAGAGACCGUGUUUGCUACCAUAUCUACAGUUGCAACUCCUAAAUUUCAAGGGCUUGGACUGGCACAAAAUUUGGGUGGUACAGUGAUCAUUCUAAGUCUCACGGUUGCAAUGGCUGUAAAGAGAGUACAAAAGUUCAUGAAGAAUCGUAAGUCGGAGCAAUAAGAUUUCACUUCACUGACAAAUGUAUUUUGCAAUUAAUUUGGGACUUUCAUAUAUUUUAAUGUGAAUUGUAAUAAAGUAUUAUUCUUCUUCAAA